AUGUAUAAUUUUAAGUUAAAUUAUUUAAUUUUAAUUCUUUUCAGUUUUCAUACAGUAAUAUGUGAUAUAUCAGAGAAAAGGAUAUGCGUCGAUGAAAACUGCAAAGAACCCAUUUCGCUGGCAAAAACUCUCUUGAGAUAUUCUAGUCCUGAACCUGGAGUACUUUCUUUUUCUCCAAAUGCAGAUGUCACUAUAUUCAGUAAAGAUGUAGACUCAAAAAAGGGCUAUUGGGAAGUAGAAAUAAAUGGAAAAAGAGGCUAUGUUCCAAAGACAUAUAUCAGGGAAUCCAAAAUCUUAAAUAAAAACACAAUAAUCAUAAACACUCCACUUGACCAGCAGCAUAAGUUGCCUUUGGACACAAGUGGAGAUGACCCUAAUAAAAUAUUAGAAAAACCCAUUUCCACUGACAAGAUUGCCUCAGAGCAGACACAGACUGAUAUAUCUGGUAGGUCACAAACAGACCUAACCCCUGACAAUGUGAAGGAACCCUAUGAAGUAGUGGAUGGUACUACAAUAUUCUCAGAGCCCUCAGAUAUAAGUCCUAGCUCUACUGAGGCCCCAGUUCAUUCAACAUAUGUAGUACCUGAAAAUAAUGAAUCAGUCAAUGCAUCACAUUCUAACGAUGAAACAAUGAAUCCAAAAGCUUCUAUGUCAGAAGAUGUAGUCUCUGAAGUUGUCCAAAAUGUAUUAGUAAAUGCAGUGAAUUCUAACACAGAGACCAAUCAUCCAAAGGAUGCUCUGCCAGAGGAUCUUGUCACAAACGAUAAUAAUGAGAAAGCUGACUCAUUGGUUCAGAAGGCAUUCUCUUCCAUUUCUAAUUUUAUGAAUAAUGAUUCAGAGGAUUUGGUCGAUGAGGAUGAUGAAGAGUUUGAUAUUGAUGAUGAAGAAGAUGAAGAAGAUGAGGACGAUCAAGACGAAACACAAACACCUAAUGAAAAUCUUUCAUCACCCAAUGCAGAUCAAACAAUCCAAGACAGUGAAUUGAAGAAUAAUGCUCAAGUAAAUGAAUUGAAUGCAGCUAAAAUAAAAGAGGUCGAAACACCUAUUAUUGAAGUAACCUUACCACCAAAUAUUCAAGACACCACUGAAGUACCUUUUGAAGAAGCUGAAGCACUACCUUUGGAGGUGACAGUUACUCCAGAACCUUCGAAACUAAGUACUGAAAUGCCUUUGGAGGAUUUGAAACCAAUACCAGAUGAAGUAGCCCUUGCUCAAGAACCCAUCACACCAAGUACAGAAACACCUGUUGGUGAAGCUGAAGCAUCAGCUCCAAAAACACUAUCACAAAAUUCUGGAGAUGAAAUAAAAAUUGCACCAAGUACAGAAACACCUAUUGAUGAAGCUGAAGCAUCAUCUCCAAAAACACUACCACAAAAUUCUGGAGAUGAAAUAAAAAUUGCACCAAGUACAGAAACACCUGUUGAUGAAGCUGAAGCAUCAUCUCCAAAAACACUACCACAAAAUUCUGGAGAUGAAAUGAAAAUUGUAAUUUCUGAUAGUGAAACCCUAUCAGAAGAUGUACAAAUUGUGGCAGCUGCUCCAAACAGUCAGGGUUCAUCAGACGAUUCACAAGAUGUAACAACUGAUUCAAGCAGUCUAGAAAAAACAAAUAGUGAAAAGUCGUCCCCUGUAGAAAAUGAUUUACCAGGCCCAAGUUCAAUCGUCUACAAUUUCAUCAAGGCUGCAUCUCAAGCAUCAGAAGUUAGCUUGAAUAACUCUGAAGAAGCUGUUUUAGAUUCACAGGAAAACACUGAGAACACUCAAGGUCCACAGGUUUUUCAUGAUUCAGGUAAUUCUUUCAGUGAAACUGAUGAGUUGAACAUGUCUCCACAAAUUGUCACACCAAAAUAUCCAGAUGUUGAUACAGCUUUCACAAACAGUAACAGUACAGGAAUAGAAGAAACAUCUGAGAAUAUGGAAAGUAGCCAUGGUAUGAUUUAUUCUGCAAUCAAUGACACUGAAAAAAAAACAGAACCAGACCAGUCUAGCAAUGAAAAUAUUGCUGCAUUAAACUCAGCUCCUGAACAGUGGAGCAUAGAUGAGAAAGCAGAUGAAAAUGAGAGAAAUAUAUUACCUGAAGAGUCCCUUGCUAAUGGUGAAGUGGUUGAUGAAUCACCUUCAUUAUACUCAAGUAUUUUGGGCUUUUUCAACAGUGAUAACAGUGAAGAACUGGACAAAAAUUCGACACCUUUAAGUAAUGCAGAACAAAAAAUGUCUUCUCCUUUUGCAGAAUCACAAGAGGUUGAAAUCGGUUACUGUGAUACUGAGACUUGUAAAACCCCCUUACAAGGUAGCAUUUUCCACAGCAGUGAUUUUUCUUUCAAUUAUGAUUUGUUUCUGUACCUUUCAACUUCUGCGAUAUCUUGCAUUAUUUUCCUCUUCAUAUAUUUGGCGAUGGAUAAGAGUAAAAGGCUGAAGCCAUUGAUUGCCAAAAUAAAUCAGUUAGAAAAAGAGCUACUGAUUUCAUUGAAAGAAAAUGAAAUGCUUCAGGAAAGGGGACCCUUGGAAAUCACAGAAAUUAAUAAUACGAUUUCCAGUGACACUUACGAUCUCUUGAAUGAAAAAUUAACAGCAAUGGAAAUGUCCAAGCAGGUUCUUGAAAUGGAAGUUUUCAACCUUCAGCAAGCAGUGGAGGGAAAACAGGCAUUGGAACAGCAAAUUGAAAUGCUGGAAAAAGAACUGGAAACAUCCACAGAAGUUGGUAUGGAGCUGAACAGGAUUAUAUCCGAGAUGUUAGAUCCCACAGAUGGCAGUGAGAGAUUGAAGGAGAAUGUGGAGCAGCUGCAGAGACAACUGUUCGAACAAAAGAUGACGAUAGAAGAGGGGAAUAAUAUGCUGGGUGUUAAAGAAGCAGAAAAUCUUUUGUUGCAAAGUGAAUUAGAAGCUAGUAAAAACAAGAUAGCCGAAUUACUAGGGAAGUUAGAUGAGAUGGUUGAAAAUAUUUUGAAGAUUGAAACAGACAAGGAACAGGAGCAGAAGUCUUUGCAAGAAGAAAUUGCAGUUUAUCAGCAAAAGUACAAUGAAGGGGUUGUCAAAAUUGAGAUUUUGACAAAUGAUAUCCAGACACUGAAAGCUCAACUAACGGAUUCUCAAAGGCAGGCAGAACUACGAAUCAAAGAAUACAAUAUUCUGAAAGAUAGCCUGAAAAGCAUAAAAUCUAUGUCAAAUGAUACGGCUGCCCUUCAUUCGCUGCUUGAUGCCACAUCAAUGAAAGCAGAAUAUCACCAAUUGAAAAUCGACAAUGAAAAUUAUCUUGCCCAACUGAAACAAGAACAAGCAGCUAAAUCGUCUUACGAGAAAAAAUGUCAAGCGGUUACGGAAGAUAAUCUUUCGCUGACGAAAAAAUAUGGAGAUGCUGAAAAAGAGAAAGUAGAAGCUAACAUGAAGUUGGAAGUUUUGAAUAAUUAUUUCAAGAAAAAAGAAGAAGAAUUACAAGGGGAUAUCUUGAAGUACAAAUCAAUCUGGGAAGCAAAACAAGGCGAGGCCACAUCUACUACCGAACGAAUAAAACUAAUGCAAGAAGAAAUCGAAAACUAUAAAUCUCAAAACGAAAUAUUGAAACAGGAAAUUGUCUCUCAAGAAAUCGACUUGAAGAGUCAAAUAUCUAUGUUGGAAAAGAAAGUACAUGAAAACUGGGUGAAUGCAAGACAAACGGAACGAAAAUUGGAGGAUGCUAGACAGGAAGCAGCGCAAUUAAGGAACAGGAUUACUUUGACAGAAAGAAAUCAAAAUAGACUACAAUCGCCGGUGGACCAAAACGGCGACCUCAACAUGUCGACCAACUCCUUCGACUCGCCCGCCUCCCCGCCGAUGCUCUUCACCUCCAGGGAACACCUCCCCAACACGCCCCCCGCCCCCCUCAUCGGCCUGCCCCCGCCUUUCCUGCCCCCUCCCCCGGGUGCUCCCUUCCUGCCCCCUCCCCCACACGACCUGCCCUUCCUGCCGAACAUGUUCCCGCGCGACCACCGGCCUCCGCCGCUAGGCCGGCUCUCUUCCCCCCCUCCGCCGAUGGGCGGGGUCGGGUAUUCGCCUCCUCCGAUGGGCGGGGCAAGGUACACGCCUCCGCGGAUGGGCGGGGCCAGGUACUCGCCCGAUUCGUCGGCUUUCUCGCCGUACGACAGGGGCACGCCUUCGCCGGCGUACGAUAGCGAAUACGGGGCGUCGCCGCCAGAUGCGAGAAGGUACGGUCCGUAUGAGAGGGUGGAGAGGAGGGAGUGGCAGAGGGCGGGGCGUACGGCGAACGGGAGGAGUCAGAAGGGGUCAAUGAUGAGUUCAGGAUCGGAUCAUUCGGUUGAGUCGUUAGAUAAACUAAAUCGGAAGCAAUCGAAGAUGGUAUAG